CAAAGAUUCAAUCCAAGCUCAAAUUCCCUUGGCUUGUUGCCUGUGGCUGUUGUUGUGUACGGCGUCUAUUGACCAUCUCCCCUCUUCCCUCCAUUGGACCGAACGUUGUCCAUUUCUUUCCGUUCUUCCGUCUCACCGCCGUCCUUGAUUCUCCGUCGCGCUCCAUCCGCGCCCUAUCAUUCAUUCACCAUGUCGUCGUCCCGUAUUGGUCUUCGCUUUUUCCAGAACUCCAGAGCUGCUUUCCGCAAUGCAUAUGGCCCUUUCCGUCGGCCUGGUGGCCAGGGCUUUCGCUUCCAGAGUUCCGAUGCUGCGGCCGCUGAGCAACAGAGCACUUUCCAGCGUCUAUGGAACAGCCCGGUCGGUGUGAAGACGGUGCAUUUCUGGGCCCCUGUUAUGAAGUGGGCCCUUGUCAUCGCCGGUAUCUCCGACCUUAGCCGUCCCGCCGAGAAACUGUCUCUUACUCAAAAUGGUGCUCUGAUGGCCACUGGUGUCAUUUGGACCCGCUGGUGCAUGAUCAUCACCCCCAAGAACUACCUGCUCGCUGCCGUCAACUUCUUCCUUGGAUGUGUCGGUGUUGUCCAGGUCGGCCGUAUCUUCAACUACCGCCGUAGCCUGGACGGCUCGUCGACCGAGGCCGUGAAGGAUAUGGAACAUGAGGUAGCCGACCAGGCCAAGGCUGUCGCUACCCAAGCCGAGGCCGCUAUCAAGAAGUCUUCUUAAGCAAUUAAGUUAUCUGGAACACGGAUCGUGUAAACAACAGCCUCAGCGGCAAUAGAUUGUCUUGAAAUUUGGCAUUGGUGAGUAGGCUCAUAGAGCACGUUGAAGAGAUUAAGAUUGGUUAGAGGCGACUCUGACUUAUAUGUACAUAUUCCACUUUGAAUUGCAUCGACUUUUCCAAUGCUUGUCGGCAUCAUAG